AUGGCGCCUCAGAUGUCCAAGGCGACUGUCGCUGCGGCCGCCGUGGCCGGCAGCGCCUUUGUGGCGCCGUCGCGGCCCGUUGCGGCGCCGACGGCCACUACGGCCACCGGGGCUGCGACGGCCUUGCGACGGGGUGGCCAUGGCAGCAUCAGCUUGAGCACCGUAGGCGUCGCGCUGGGGGCCACAGCGGUAGCAGCCUUGCGGAGCAAGGAGAGCCGCGUUGCCGUCGCUCCGCGCCGGGCCUUUGAGAAUGAGCUCGGUGUUCAGCCGCCCUUGGGUUUUUGGGACCCUGCGGGCCUCUCGAGUGAUGGCGAUGCAAAGGAAUUCUACCGCCGAAGAGUUGUGGAGAUCAAGCAUGGCCGAGUCUCCAUGUUGGCAUGCACAGGAUACAUCGUCCAGGAGUUCUUCAGAUUCCCUGGCUACAUCUCGCCUUCUAGUGAAAUCAAGUUUGCAGACAUUCCCAAUGGCCUGGCAGCAGCGACCAAGGUCCCCGCAGUUGGUUGGUUCCAGUACACCGUCUUCUGCGGAAUUUGCGACCUGUGGCUCAUGCAUCAGGUGCCAACCAACCCACCUGGAAAGCUUUGCACUCGUUUGUUCGGUGAGGAGACAACCAACUACGAGUACGGAUUCUUAGGCCUUCCAGGAUACCUGGGUGGCAAGGCCAUUGCCGACCCUGAAGUGAAGAAGAAGAAGCUAAAUGCCGAAAUCGCUAACGGAAGGCUGGCCAUGAUGGCUAUCAUCGGCAUGUUUUUCCAAGAUGGCCUUACAGGGUCUGCCUGGGGUGAUUGGGCCAACUACACGGAGUCUCCAUUGCGUGCCUUCGAGAAUGAGCUUGGGGUGCAGCCACCUCUAGGAUUUUGGGAUCCAGCAGGGCUGUCAAGCGACGGCGACGCAAAGGAAUUCUACCGCCGAAGGGUUGUGGAGAUCAAGCAUGGGCGAGUCUCUAUGUUGGCAUGCACAGGAUACAUCGUCCAGGAGUUCUUCAGAUUCCCUGGCUACAUCUCGCCUUCUAGUGAAAUCAAGUUUGCAGACAUUCCCAAUGGCCUGGCAGCAGCGACCAAGGUCCCCGCAGUUGGUUGGUUCCAGUACACCGUCUUCUGCGGAAUUUGCGACCUGUGGCUCAUGCAUCAGGUGCCAACCAACCCACCUGGAAAGCUUUGCACUCGUUUGUUCGGUGAGGAGACAACCAACUACGAGUACGGAUUCUUAGGCCUUCCAGGAUACCUGGGUGGCAAGGCCAUUGCCGACCCUGAAGUGAAGAAGAAGAAGCUAAAUGCCGAAAUCGCUAACGGAAGGCUGGCCAUGAUGGCUAUCAUCGGCAUGUUUUUCCAAGAUGGCCUUACAGGGUCUGCCUGGGGUGAUUGGGCCAACUACACGGAGUCUCCAUUGCGUGCCUUCGAGAAUGAGCUUGGGGUGCAGCCACCUCUAGGAUUUUGGGAUCCAGCAGGGCUGUCAAGCGACGGCGAUGCAAAGGAAUUUUACCGCCGAAGGGUUGUGGAGAUCAAGCAUGGGCGAGUCUCUAUGUUGGCAUGCACAGGAUACAUCGUCCAGGAGUUCUUCAGAUUCCCUGGCUACAUCUCGCCUUCUAGUGAAAUCAAGUUUGCAGACAUUCCCAAUGGCCUGGCAGCAGCGACCAAGGUCCCCGCAGUUGGUUGGUUCCAGUACACCGUCUUCUGCGGAAUUUGCGACCUGUGGCUCAUGCACCAGGUGCCAACCAACCCACCUGGAAAGCUUUGCACUCGUUUGUUCGGUGAGGAGACAACCAACUACGAGUGCGGAUUCUUAGGCCUUCCAGGAUACCUGGGUGGCAAGGCCAUUGCCGACCCUGAAGUGAAGAAGAAGAAGCUAAAUGCCGAAAUCGCUAACGGAAGGCUGGCCAUGAUGGCUAUCAUCGGCAUGUUUUUCCAAGAUGGCCUUACAGGGUCUGCCUGGGGUGAUUGGGCCAAUUACACCGAGUCCCCAUUGCGGUCCCUCAGAAGUGAUGCUUGAGUUUUGGGCGGUGGAUUUCAUUCUCUGUGGUGUGCGGCCAGAAGCAGGAGCUUGUGCUAGCUCCGUAGCGAAAGACCAUGAUUUCCACCAGGAAAGGUUUUCCAGUUGCCAUAUGUCAGAGU